AUGAGGGGGCGGGCGAGAAAGAAUAAGAAGCAACGCUGGGGAGUGGUGAUCGCACAGCAGGAGGUAAGGAGGGCGGGCGGGAGGGAGGUAAGGAGGGUGGGAUACGGGAGCUGGGAUAUGGGUGGGGUGGAGCAGGCGCAGGAGGGGUGGAAGUGCAAAGGAGGGAGAGGAGGAAAACAUGGAGAGGGAGAGUAUGGAGGAGAGGCAAGAGCAGGGGAAGAGAAUACGGGGGAGAAUGGCAGCACAUCGAAUGCAGCUGCAGUUGCAUGUUGCUCUUGGAAUCUGCGUACCGUAUCUGCCUCGCCCUUCACCUACCAUACCCCUCUCACUCCCGGCGUCCCCCACGCCCUCACCUGCCACGUGGAUCUCAUCUAUCAUUCCCCUCAUCUCAUCCUAGUCUCACCUGGCGUGUGCCGCUCACCUCUCAGUGGAGAGGAUGGGGGGAAGCAGGGGAGAGGAUGGGGGGAAGCAGGGGAGAGGAUGGGGGGAAGCAGGGAAGAGGAUGGGGGGAAGCAGGGGAGAGGAUGGGGGGAAGCAGGGGAGAGGAUGGGGGGAAGCAGGGGAGAGGAUGGGGGGAAGCAGGGGAGAGGAUGGGGGGAAGCAGGGAAGAGGAUGGGGGGAAGCAGGGCAAGGGGGGGGGAGAGCAGGGCAGGGGUUGGGGGGAAGCAGGUCAGAGGAUGGGGGAGAAGGGUGGGGGGGGGGGGGGGGGGGAUCAAGGAAGAGGAUAGGGAAGCAGGGCAAGGGGGAAGGGAUCAGGGAAUAGGAUUGGGGGAAGCAGCUCAGAGGAUGGGGGGAAGCAGCUCAGAGGAUGGGGGGAAGCAGCUCAGAGGGUGGGAGGAAGCAGGGCAGGGGAUUGUGGGGAGCAGGGCAGAGGAUGGGGGGAAGAGGGAGAGAGGUAAGCAGUGA